AUGCCCAAGUACGGCGUGCACGUGAACAAGUACUACGUCCCCGACGACGUCCCGACGUGGGCGAAACUGAACGUGAAACAAGCGAGCAAGAAGAUUGCGAAAUCGCGAAGCCGAGAGACGAAGCAAGCGCUCGGGAAAAAAGCCAAAGCGGCGGUGAAACUGGCGAACCGUAAGGGCGGAAGAGGCAAACGAAAUCCCGCGAACGCGGAUUUUAAAAAGAAUUUAAAGCUCGCGAAGGAUUUGAAGAAGAAUAAACGUAAAGGACGUCAGGCAAAAAGACCGGGGACGAACAAAGGAACGAUGGCGGCGAGACGCGAACGAGAGGGUGGCGACGGCGGUGAUGAUGAAAUUUCCGAGACCGAGAGUGAUCGUUUCAUCGUAAAAGUUGCGGAGUACUUGCAAGGUGCGAUCGGUGCGCACGGUUGGAGCGAGGAGACCGUUCGCGGGGCGUUUGACGAGGCGGUGAAGCACAUGCCUAAAGGAAGAGCUCGAAAGGCUUUGCGAGCGGGUUUCGAUGAGUACGCGGAUAAAUUAUGUGACACAAUUUACCGCAAAAAUGGUCCCUCGAUCGAGCGCACGAAAGAGGAGCGUAAGAUUGCAAAGUUGAGCAAGGAUCCGUCGAGCGCGUGGUGGGCGUUGCAUCAAGAGCCGCUCGAAGAUUUUGCGUCGGCGUCUUUGGAAGUAUUGUGCGUAGAGUUUGACUACUCACUCAAACGUGCAUCCUUCGAUAUCCCCGCAUACGUCCUCAUGAAGGCGUUGGAGAUUUCUGACAUGCUGCCUGAAGAUGUAGCGACGAUGGAAGAAAUUCGCGAGGCGGCACUUCGUCGUCUCGUCGAUAUCGCGCAAGCAUCCAAAGCUGCGUUUGAAAAGAAGGCAACGAAGACGCAGGAUGACUUCGUCAAGGUGAAUAAUCUCGUAGGUAGACUCGCGGGCGCGACGGCUAUUCGUCGUAAAAUGCAAGGCGCUCGUGAUGAAACUGCAAAGUUGGCGGCGGAGAUUGUCAUGCUGAGGCACGAUUUCCGUAAACUCGCCUCGCAAGACGCGAGUCUGAGUCCACCAGAGCACGAGAUCGGCGUCACCGCAUCACACGAUGCCGCGGUGUUAUUAGGAAACUAUCGUGGGGAUUUAGCAGCUUUGCUCGCCGAGAGGUUGCCCGAGGACGAGAACGAGCUCGCGCGCAUGUUUGGCGAAGGCGAUUUGCCCAUCUUUGAGUGCGCCCUCGGCCUCGGUGGUUUCGACGCCGAUUUUGAGAAACGAGGCAAAAAGAAUGGACUGAUGUUCGGCAUGUUGGAUAUCGAUGUGAAAGAUGUGAAAGAUGUCGGCAAGAACGCACCUCCGGCGCUCUUACGUCGACCACCAAAGGCAAAGUUUGAUGCCAACAAAGAGGUGAACGAUUACGAUAUGGAAGCUUUCGCUCACGCGGGGGCCGGGGUAUCGACGACCAGUAUUGCAGAGUCUGCAUUUAAUAAGUCCGACUUUAUCGAUACCGACUAUCUCACCGAGGCGCUGUCGCUGGUGGGUAAAGACGACGACGAACGUAGCGGACCAGGGCGAGUCAAGUUGUACUUUGCCGUCGUGCGAGUCGCUCGAGCAUACAUCAAGCUUUUGAACGAGGCUGGUAAACGUAAGAGGUCCUCGGCUGUGGCGCGAUACAUGGCAGUCGCACCUGCGCCUGAGGUGCUUCUCAUGCACGUUCCGGAGUCGUCUGGAAUCGAUAAUACAGAUGCUCGCGCGAUGUCCGUCGAGCUCUCCGUCGCCUCCAUCAAGGCGCUGCAAAGCAUCGUCAACGAAUGGAACGAAAUGCGUACGCUGUUCAAAUCUGCGGCGCAGAGUGAAGGUGGCUUUUUCAUCGAUGUUAAUCGUACCGCAGGAGAUGCCGCGAGGUUGGCGUUUGAAGAAGGUGAGUCUGCCGAGGACGACGGCGCGGGCGUCGACGACGAAACCGAAAAAGAACUCAUGGCCAUGCUCGACAAGCUCGAAGGCCCGGAUGCAUCUAGCGACGAUAGCGACGACGAGGCGAGCGAUGAAGAUUAG